UCAAUGUCACAAAAUUACACUUUAGCCCACUGAGCCCCUGACCGACCGACCGCCGCCUUUCCUCCUCCCUCCUUCCGUCCCCUCCCCUCCUCCGCCGGUCAAUCCAUCUAUCUGUUUUUUUUUUUUGGAUACAGACCCACGAUUCCCAAGCGGAGAACAUAGGUUCUUCGUCAAUCAAUGAAGCGCUUUCUCCGCAACAUAGACAUCACUCGUAAUGUGGCCAACAAGAAGCAGGAGUCUUACCAGAAGCUCAUUUACGGGGUGCUCAAUCGGUACCAGUCGCAACUUCCGAAGACGGACAUUGCGGAAACCCACGGAGGCGGUGAGACAAAAGAUGCUUCUUCGAACCCUGUAGUUGGAAGAAAGAUGGGUCGUCCCGAUUCAGAGAUGAGCAGGCCCAGCUCAUCGGAUGAUGAAGAUUCAGGUGACCGUAAGUGGAGGUUAGAGCACCUUGAGUGGCUGAGCAAAGCCCUCGAGCCGGCAUUGCAGCUCUGCAGGUGGGCGUUGCCUGCUACAGCAGGUAACGCAGUCCAAGCUAAGUCUCCAACAAGCACUCGUUCCGUUUCAGAGAUCAUCACGAGCAUUCAACGUAGUAAGCUUGGCUUCCAAGACUGGAGCUUGAGUGACCUCACUGUGGGCUUAUACCUCAUAUAUCUCCGGCAAGCAUCCACGAAUCCUCUCGAGGAUACAAGUGGUGUCCAGAUUUCCUCUGAUGCCACAGUCCAAGAUCUUAUCUACCACACUGAACUAGCAAAGGGUGCUUACAAGGAUAGUGUCGCUAGUCUUGCGAGACAUACCAUGCUCCGAGAGAAAAACGUGCUGAAAUUUGUGAAGAAUUCUAAUGUCCUCAGACCUGGUUACUAUAUCGGGAUCGAUCACAGAAAGAAGCUUGUGAUAUUCGGGAUCCGUGGGACGCACACUGUGUAUGACCUCAUUACAGACAUUGUCUCUUCAGGUGACGAAGGAGUCACAUUCGAUGGUUACUCAACCCACUUUGGAACUGCGGAAGCUGCACGUUGGUUUCUUACACACGAAAUCGGGACUAUAAAGAAAUGCUUGGAUGAGCACAAGGACUAUAAGGUGAGAUUAGUUGGUCACUCUCUUGGAGGAGCUACAGCUGCUUUACUGGCAAUAAUGGUGCGAAAGAAAUCGGUGAAGCAAUUGGGUUUCGAUCCUGAAAUUGUUUCUGCGGUUGGGUAUGCGACUCCGCCCUGUGUUUCUAGAGAGCUUGCUGAGAGCUGCUCGGAUUAUGUCACUACAGUUGUAAUGCAGGAUGACAUUAUACCAAGGUUAAGUGUCGCUUCUUUAACCAGGCUGAGGAAUGAAAUUCUACAAACUGAUUGGAUGAGUGUGGUCGAGAAGGAAGACUGGAAAAGUAUUAUAGAUCUGGUCUCAAAUGCUAAGCAGGUCGUUUCUUCAGUACAAGAUGUAGCUUGGAAACUCGCCGACUAUGCAAAGUUUCGGAACAACAAAGAUUCCAUGGAUGCAUCCGACAGAAAGGACCCGCCCAAGCCAAAGACUAACGAUGGUGCAAUAGCAAUAAGGGAGGUCAAGGUGCACGAGGAGUUGCUCGUGCCAGGAACAGUUUACUACUUGAAGAGGAACACAGACGACGUUAAAGGUGGUGAGUUCUUCACGCUAUGGAAGAGGCACCCGGGGGACCAUUUUCAGAGGAUUGUGCUGUCCAACAAUCUAUUCUCGGAUCACAAAUGCGAUAGCCAUUACUACUCAUUGAGAGAUGUACUUAAAGGCCUACCAGCACCAAAUAAUGAAGUUUUGUUCAGGUGAAACUUACGCAACGCCUUCUCUUGAUUUGUAAUGUGAUUUCCGUUCGUAUGUAGAUGGCAAAUGUACAUUACUUCAAUUCCUAGAGCCUUUUUCGAAA